AUUCUAUUCAUUGCAGAAUUCCCCCCGUCCAAUUCGAUUCAUUACAAGAUAAUCUUGAGGUAUUCUACUUAACAACAAAGGAUUCUAGCAGGAAGAAAAAGAUGAGCAGCCACCACCACCACCACGGGCACCACCAUCAGCACCACCAUGGCCACCAAGAAGGGGGCCACCCAUAUGCACCGCAGCCACCACCACCAGGGGCUUAUCCUCAAGCAGUAGGGACUUAUUACCCUUCUGCAGAGGAAGAGGCGAAGAAGCACAAGCAUCGUGAGCAUAUGGCCGAGAUGGGAGCACUAGCUACAGGAGCCUUUGCUUUGUAUGAAGGGCAUGAAGCGAAAGUGGAUCCACAGCACGCAGGAAGGCAUAAAAUGGAGGCAGAAAUAGCUGGGGCGGCGGCCGUUGGGGCAGUGGGGUAUGCUGUGUAUGAACACCAUGAGAGCAACAAGUCUAAGUCUGAGUCUGACCAUAAACACCAUGGCCAUCACCACCACGGCCACCAUCAUCAUUGAACACAAUAAAAAUAAGCCCCUAUUGUUGAGAAAUUUUAUCUUGUGAUCCCUGCAGGAACAUGUGAAAAUAAGAUCCCUAGUUUCAAUGUAAAAUAAUGAGAAGCUUGGAUUGUUCAGUCAAUCUUCCCUGUUCAAUGGAUCUGUGUUUUGCUUAAA